AUGGCAGCCACCUUCACAGCUCUCAACGCAGCCCCGGCAUUCCUGACCGGCAGGAAGGUGGUGAGCAAGGCUCGCGCGGGUCCUGCUCCCCGAUCCACCUUCCAAGUCUCGGCAGCAGCUUCACAAGGCAGACGCCUGUGGGCUCCCGGUGUGGAGGCCCCAUCGUACCUGAAUGGCGAGCUAGCAGGAGACUACGGCUGGGACCCCCUCGGCCUGGGUGCCAAGCCCGAGGCCCUGAAGUGGUACAGACAGGCAGAGCUGGUGCACGCGAGAUGGGCGAUGUUGGCAGUUGCUGGCAUAUUGGCGCAGGAGAUCGUGAAGCCUGGUGUGUUCUUCUACAACGCCGGCCUGCCCGAGAACCUGCCCGGCAUCAACUUUGGCGGCCCAGAGGGCAAGGUGAACUUGGGCGGCCUCUUGGCGUGGGAGUUCCUUCUGUUCCACUGGGUAGAGGUCCGCCGCUGGCAGGACAUCAAGAAGAAGGACUCUGUAAACCAGGAUCCUAUCUUCAAGGGCAACAAGGUGCCCAACCCUGAGCUCGGAUACCCCGGCGGCAUCUUCGACCCCUUCGGCUUCUCCAAGGGCAACUUCAAGGAGGUGCAGACAAAGGAGAUCAAGAACGGGCGGCUCGCGAUGGUUGCCUUCGUGGGCUUCAUCAUCCAGGCACAGGCAACCGGACAGGGCCCGCUGGCCAACUUGGGCGCCCACCUGGCGAACCCCUUCGGCAACAACAUCACCAAGAACAUCGGCACAUGCGCCAUCCCCUCCUCAGUCGACGUCCAGGGAAUCACCAUCCCUCUCACAUGCCUCUGGCCCGGCCACCAGUAG